AGCCGGGGGUCUGCUGGGGGGACAGGACAAGAAAAAGAAGAAGAGGGACAUGAGAGAGUAACGGGACAGCCGGAGCGUGUGCGGGCAAUGCCGGGGGCAGCGGGGCUCUCCGUGUGAUCUGGGGAUGGAGAAUCAGGAGCUGAUCAGCGCAGCGGAGAUUAUCAAGGAACGCUUAUAUUUUGCAACCUUGAGGAACAAACCAAAAAGUACCAUCAAUACUCACUACUUCUGUACUGAUGAAGAGCUUGUUUAUGAAAAUUUCUAUGCAGAUUUUGGGCCCCUGAACCUUGCAUUGCUCUACAGAUACUGCUGUAAGCUCAACAAAAAACUCAAGAAUGUUUGGCGAUGCUGUUCUUUGAUCAAGAAGUUGAAGUCGUUCAGCUUGUCCAGGAAGAAGAUAGUUCAUUACACCAGCUAUGAUCAGCGGAAGAGAGCCAACGCAGCAUUCCUGAUUGGAGCAUAUACAGUGGUCUAUUUAAAGAAGACACCAGAAGAGGCAUACAGAGCGCUUCUUAGUGGGUCCAGCCCUCAGUACCUCCCUUUUAGAGAUGCGUCUUUCGGGAAUUGCACAUAUAAUCUUACCAUCCUGGACUGUUUGCAGGGAAUCCGCAAGGCACUUCAUCUUGGGUUCUUUAAUUUUGAAAACUUUGAUGUGGAUGAAUAUGAACAUUAUGAGAGGGUAGAAAAUGGGGAUUUCAAUUGGAUUGUUCCAGGAAAGUUUUUGGCGUUCAGCGGUCCUCAUCCGAAAAGCAAAAUUGAAAAUGGUUACCCACUGCAUGCCCCAGAAGCCUACUUCCCAUAUUUCCGGAAACAGAAUGUCACCACAAUCAUUCGGCUCAAUAAGAAGAUUUAUGAUGCUAGACGGUUUACAGACGCUGGAUUCGACCAUUAUGAUCUGUUCUUUGUGGAUGGGAGCACACCUAGUGAUGGCAUAGUGCGCAGGUUCCUGAACUUGUGUGAGAAUACAGACGGGGCUAUUGCCGUUCACUGCAAAGCUGGCCUAGGCAGGACGGGCUCCCUUAUUGCUUGUUAUAUUAUGAAGCACUACAGGUUCACACACUCUGAAGCCAUAGCAUGGAUAAGAAUAUGCCGACCUGGCUCUAUUAUCGGGCCUCAGCAGCACUUCCUAGAAGAAAAACAGGCCUGGCUGUGGCUGCAGGGAGAUCUUCAUAGAAGUAAACAGAAACAAAGCCAGCUGGAAGACGGGACAGUGAACCGGAUCUUGUCUGCAUUUGAUGAUUUGUCUGUGGGAGCGAGGUUAAGUCGACAUCAAAGUUUGGACAGGUCAGGAGAGAUUAAUUCUGAGGAUGAGUCGGAUGAAAGAAAUGGCUUGACACAGGGUGACAAACUACGUGCCUUAAAGAGCAGGAGGCAGCCACGGUCGGCUACCACUGGAGCACUACGGUUAGAUGAAAUGAAACCACAUACAAGAUCAAUGUCUCAACCUUUCAGAGUAAUCGCACCUAACAGUGCACAGGGCUCCAUGUCCCCACUGAAGUCCUCUAGAGUUACUGCAUCUUCAUCGCCAGUUGCUAGGAGAGUUGGACAGAGUUCAGGAUCUUCAAGCAGCAAAACAAAAAAUCCCUUCAGUCUGAAUCUGUUCAGUUCUAAAGGAUCUCACAGUCCUGUUAGCCCUCUCCCAGAUCCAAAUCCUUUGCCAUGGAAGAAUGGAGGAGAGACAAAGGGAAGGAAUCCUUUGUCAAGAUAAUAUCUACUGUGCAACACAAAGAAGCUAUCGACGAUAUCUACUUGCCGUAGACAUGUACUGUUAAGAUUUACUACUGACUGUUUGUUUUUUUUUCUUUGUUUUUAAAAUGUUGGCACCACUGUUGAUUUUAUUUUAUUGUUUUAAUAUUAUUUUUUAGCUUUUUUUUUUUUUUUUUUAGGGGUCCAUUCUGUUUUGUACAUAUUUGGUCUUAAAAUAAUGUCCUAAUAAGACAAGAGGAUAUUUUGUCAUGUUUUAGAAGAUGUAUGUAAUUUGUAUAUCUUACAGAAUAUAUUUUCACAUUAGGAUUGUUUGUAACCAAAAAUCAAAAGAUAUAUUUUUCUGUCUAGAAUGAUAUUUUUAUAAUAAUGUGUGCUGUGCUGAUUGAUUCUUGUCAGGCGUGUGAUUCGUGAAGAAAACAUUUGAAACACUUGCAAUAUUUGGUGAAAUAAAGGCUGUGUGUUCUGCA